GCAAUGUUACAACGGAACGGCUACCAGAUCCUUCUCCUAAUAGCCCUGUGCAGUGCGUUAUACUCACGGACUCUAAGUUUACCUUACGCGUCUGUGAGAACCACAAGACACGCAGACGGUCUUUUUACAAGUGGAUACAGCAAACUCCUAGGACAGCUAUCCGCCAGACGGUACCUGGAAUCACUGAUCGGAAAAAGAGUCAGUGAUGACUUGAUGGACGACCAGCUUCCAGUGAAGCGUCACUCAGAUGCCGUUUUCACAGACAACUACAGUCGUUUUCGCAAACAGAUGGCAGUGAAAAAAUACCUGAACUCUGUUCUGACUGGAAAAAGAAGCCAAGAAGACCCUCCUAACAUGCAGGAUGAGACUGCCAGAGGCGAGACCCCUUUCCCAGAGAGCUAUGAUGAUGUCAGCUUAGAUGAGCUUCUAAAUCACCAGCCAUUGCCGCUCUGA